AUGUUUGGAAGAAAGAUCAAUUCUUCAGCCGAAGAUAUUAAGCAAUCCUCAGCCGAAGAAAUUCAGAAACCCAAGUUCUCGCUGUUAGUAAUCACGGUCUCCGGACCCAGCAUAAAGCUAACCUUGUAUAGUUUACUAACCUCCCGUAUGAUUACUGUCACCGUUGGGAAGAUGAGCACAUUCAACCUCCAUUCCGACCUUUUGACGACCGAGUCAGAACGAUUCUCGAAGAGCCUAGGGGGCGAUUUCAAAGAGGCGAACGAAAGCGCUGUUGGGUUGGAGGACGAAGAUCCCAAUCUCUUCGGAUUCUUUGCCGAAUACCUUUACCGUGACUGUUCAAUUCUUUCCCACGAUGUUGACCAUUAUUCAAAGUUCGUCACAUUAGCGCGCCUCUACGCUAUGGGAGAGCGCCUUAUGGCGCCGAAGUUCCAGACCUAUGCUCUUUGGAGAUUUUCUCAGUCUUUAGGGAGCGACACGCAUAUUUCGGAGGAGAGCAUUUGCGAGCUACUUCGGAUCGCAUUCCUGGAAAUCACCGAAAGAGUGAGAGAGGAUCCUAUGAGAUCACAGAUCUUCUGGUACGCGGGGUCUAAUAUCACAAAGCUGCAGAAGUUCGACAUGUUUCGACAACUUCUGUGCGAUAUUCCAGACUCAGGAAGGCAGCUGUGUCUCUGGAUGAGCCAAAGUCGACCCGAAAGACCAGCUAAACCAAGUGAGCUUCAAUACCAGAGAUUUGGACCGGAAAGCGAGUACAAUUUGCAGAGCAUUCCUGAGGUCGUUCCUGAAGCUAAGCAGUCGCCAAUUGAGUUCUAG